AUGGCACAGGACAAAAAGGAUAAACAAUCGAUUGUUUUGCAGGUGUACCUUUCGCUGUACAACACAACCCAAUUCAUCGGUUGGACAUACAUUUUCGUGCAAUUUAUGCAGCACUUUUUUGUACACGGCGAACCGCUCGAUACGCUAUGGAGCCGUAUUGGACAGGCGACUUUCUUCUUUCAAAUGCUGGCCGUACUGGAGGUGAUACAUGCGGCGACCGGCAUUGUCCCGAGCAACGCGCUGAUGACGUUCCUGCAAGUUUUCGGACGCUCCAUGAUUGUAGCGGGUGCGAUCGAAGGGACCCCGACCGGGCAACUUUCACCGGGUCUUCCACUAGCAGUAUUUUGCUGGAGUUUAACGGAAAUCUUCCGCUACAGUUACUAUGUGGCCCAUCUGUUGCUUCCGAGCGUGCCUUCACUGCUCGUCUGGAUUCGGUACACCAUUUUCAUCCCGAUGUACCCGUGCGGAUUUCUGGGAGAGUUGCUGUGCAGCUAUUGGGCACAGAGCUACAUCCGUGAGACGGGCAAGUGGAGCGUGGAGUUGCCGAAUCGGUUCAAUUUUAGUUUUUCUUUCUUUUACUUCAUGUGGAUAAUGGCUAUCUGCUAUAUGCCGCUGUUUCCGCAAAUGUACCUACACAUGUUUGCCCAGCGGCGUAAGGUGCUUGGGCGUGGGGCAGGUCAACAGAAAGCGACAAAAACGCAUUAAGUUUGCAGAGCAACACAUUCAGGCAACAUUUAAAUUAUUACGAUUUUUU